AUGAUAUCUUUUAAUUUUAAAUUAUUUAUAUUUUCAAUCGUAUUAGGAGCAUUAACCUUAUUUUAUAAUAAUGACUCUCAUGGAUUAUAUACAAAUAUAAAAUAUAAAAAUAUCGUDUUAGUGCAAACAAAUCCUAGGUCUUUAGCAGAAUCUUCACAUGAACUUACAACAAAUGAUGAACAUGAAAAUAAUGAAUUAGGCGAAUAUACAAAUACGAAUGAAAGAAAAUACAAGAAVAACAAAUAUCCAAACGAUGACACAAAAACAAAACAAAAAAUACCACCAAUAACAAAUAAGAAAUUUCCUGGAACACCAAAUUUAAUGAAAUAUAAAAAAGAAACAUAUGAUAACGCAAAAGGAGGAAAUUCAAACAUAUCUCCUCGUCGCCUUAGAUAUUUAGAAAUGCAAAGAAAGCUUUAUAAUGAUUUUGAUGGAAAACAAGAAHUAUAUUUUCGAAAACUAUCAGAUAAACCAAAUGAUAAAAAUGAUAAAUCAAAUAAAUGUCCAAAUAAGAAAAAUUCAUCCACCAACACAUUUUCAUCGAAAAAAGUAAAAGAUCCUUAUUUAGAUAAUUUAAAAACUGGAUGUGUUGCAGGUGAAGGUUAGUGUGCABUUUCAUCUAUAAUUACAGUAAAGUGUGGUAUUGCUGNNNNUANANUANNNNCUGCUGBUGHUDCUGCUGCUCCUGCAGACCAAACGCUUGCUGCUGCUAAAAUAGCUNCUGCUAGUACAGCUUUUUUCCCUUAUUCUAUUGCUAUUUAUAUUAUUAUUGAAAUAAUAGUUGUACUUAUAAUAUUAUAUAUUUGCUUACGCAAAAGAAGAAAAAAAUCAUGGAAACAUGAAUGCAAAAAGCAUUUAUGUACUUAA